AUGGUUCUGGCCACUGCAGCAACAGUAUCUGCUCAAGAUAAAAGCACUGCCAGGCAACUCAGUCACCGGCUGACCUCUGUGACUGUCCUUUUCUCAGACUCCUCCUCUUUGUGGGUCCUGCCCCACACCGUCACUCUCCUGGCCAGAGCCACACCUACAUCUCAGAUCAUCAUAGCUGCCACUGCCUCAGCUGCGAUCUCAAAAGACCCCUGCCCCUCCUCACCCCCAGCGCUCCCAACAACUGAGCCAUGCCCAGCAUUGGAGGUGAUCUAGCCAGAGGUGGAAAUGCCACUGAAUGAAACACUGACCUUGUCCUGUAUGGUCUGCAGCCACUUCCCUCACCUCAGCAUCCUCUAUUGGCUGGGCAAUGGCUCCCUCAUUGAGCACCUCCCAGGCCAGCUGAGGGAGUGCAGCACCAGCCAGGAGCGUGGGAGCACAAGCACCUGGCUGUGGAAGGCCUUGGUGCUGAAGGAGCUGAGCCCUGCCCUUCGAAGCACCAAUUAUUCCUGUGUAUUUGCAGGCCCUGGUCAGGUUGCCCAGGGUCACGUCCUCCUGGCCCAGCUCUGGGUGAGAAAGAGGGGAGGCCUCCAGAAACAAGAGCAGCUCAGCUUCUGUGUAGGAGAAAAGGGUGGACUCUGCCAGGACAGCCACUAAGCUAAUGCCCACCACUGCCUAAGGCCAGCCUGAGGUCCAAGCAAAAAAGAACUUCAGACUCUGGCAGGGGAGGCAUGGCCUGGAUGAAAGCGACCAGAUGUCCCACCACUCUUGGCUCUGAAUCCUCUGUCCUCAAGUCCCCAGGAUGGGCUGAGGAUAAGCCUGCCCUCUCAACAAGCCCUGCCUUCCAGCCACAGCCCAGGGUCCCUGCUGCCCACAUCAGCAGGGUCAAGUCAGCACAAGCCAGCAAAAGCAUGACCCCGGCCAGAGCCUGGGUCCUACCCACCUGGAGGGGGAGGUCUCCGACAGCCAUAGGCUGUGCAGGCAAGCAGCCCCUUCCCAUCUGCCUAGAAAAAUUUAACUGCCCUUCAGUGCUGCACCCUCUUGCCCGCCCUUCUACUUGUGCCAUUAACUCUUCUAAAGCCCUACGUUUUUUUGGUACUGGGGAUCAAGCUUGGGUCCUUGCGCUUGCACAGCAGGCGGUGAAACCACUGAGCUAAAUCCUCGGCCCUAAAGCCCUACUCUUGUCACACUGCUAUCUUGCUCAGAAACCUUAAGACCUGUCAGUGCCUUAGCCCAGCAUGCACAGGCCCUGCCUAUAUUCCCAGCAUGACUAUCCAGAGGGCUGCAAAGAUCCUUCCUUAUUCCUAGACAGCUCUUACUUCCUCACCAUCCCACCAGGUGAGCCCGGAAGGCUGGGUGAAGAGACAUCUACACUCUGCACUAACUCACGUUGUACAGUUUUUCUCACUGAAAUGAAUUGUCCCAGAGAAAGGAGCAGCGGCUGCUUCUGAUCCCUAAGUGUACCUGUCAUUCUCAACGGGGCCUGCAGUGAGCCCUCAUAAAGGAUUCAUCAGAGGCAUGUGGGUAUCUGCUCAGUCAUUUAGGCCUCAGUUCCUCUCACAGGAGGGAGGGAGGGAGGGAGGGAGGACAGUACAGGAUUGCCACUUAACAGCCAAAGAUGAACCAGAUUCAGAGGAACUCAGGUUCUUUAAAAAAACAGAACAGCAGCCCACAAUUCUCAAGAACUGAGGCCAGAAAUGGAAGG